UUUCAGCCCUACAUUAUUUCUGUUGUAAAUCUGUCGGUGACAUCCAGAUAUUUAUGUGCAUAGCAGAGGACUCGUAACGACUGAAGAUGCUUGUCGCAGCCGUUCUUUUUGGAACACUGAUUUUUCCGCGUUACAUCCACGCUGCUGAGUCGUGUAACCAUUAUGAAAAUGUCACCAAGCCAGUGCAAGAGUGUCGUCUGCAGGAGGGAACGUUGCAUUUCCUGCCAGAGCUUUCGAUCGGGGGGUAUUCAGAAGAUAUGGUUGAACUUACAAAAAGCGAAUUUGUUGAAGACAUAGAAUCGUAUUGCAGCAACGUUAUCCCUAAGUACAAGGAAUGUAUUCGGGCGUCCAGUGUGUUGCAAAGCUGUGGCAAUUCUGAAGAUAUAGCUCAGCUGACUACUGACUGGUUGCCUAUUUACUGCAGUGGAGAACAUCUCGCUGACUGGCUGAAAGAGUAUGUAACAUAUGGCUUUAACUACAAACACGCAUGCGGCAGAAACAACAUAACUUUCGCGUGCUAUUUCAAUCUUACCAUCAAAGGAAAUCAACAUAAGCUGAAAGGUGACAGUAUCAAGGAGUACAGUUCAUGGGCAAAAAGGCUGACGACAGACUGGUUUGCUUGUACCGUAGACAAGAUGCCCCAGUUGCACUCUCUGUACCCACAAUGCACUACAGCAUGGCAAGACGUCCUCCUAAUUGACUGGCUGUCUGAAUCAGUCUAUUAUAACCCUGGUUUGCGCCUGUAUCCAGCACAGAUGGCUCAGAUCUUGGCUUUAAAGAAAGAGGCCGUCAAGACAGUAUAAUCCUUGUACUGAGGUGAAUGAAAAUGACAGAGACCAACUACAUUCGAGAGAUGGUGUUAUCUUUGGCAUUGUUGGAUUUUUUCUAAGAUACAUAUAUCAACAUUA